AUGGCUGAUUGCAAUGCCACAAAAUACCCGAUGGAACCCAAGGCACAACUUCACAAAGACACGGAAGAAGCACCAAUUGAUGCUACGGAGUACAGAAGCAUCGUCGUUGUUGUCUUAGACUACUUACUGAACACAAGGCCAGAUCUUUCAUAUGUUGUUGGGAUGGCGAGUAGGUAUAUGGAAAGGCCUACAACCAUGCAUUACAAGGUGGUCAAGCAAAUACUUAGGUAUUUGAGAGGGACGAUUCAUUUUGGGCUCACUUAUACGAAAGGUCCCAGAGAAUUCAAUAUAUUCGGUUACUCUGACAGUGAUUUAGCCGGUGAUCUCGAUGGGAGGAAAAGCACAAGUGGAAUGACAUUCUACUUAAACGAAAGCUUGGUUUCAUGGAAUUCGCAAAAGCAAAAGACGGUGGCACUCUCAUCUUGCGAAGUCGAGUUCAUUGCAACCACUACCGCAGCUUGCCAAGCAUUGUGGUUAAGAUGCCUUGUUAGCGAGAUAGUCGGAAUGGAGCCAAGGCCAGUAACAUUAUUUGUGGACAACAAAUCCGCGAUAGCUCUCAUGAAGAAUCCCGUAUUUCAUGGUCGCAGCAAGCACAUAGAUACAUGUUUUCAUUUCAUUCGAGAGUGUGUCAAGAAUGGACAAAUUAUCGUUGAAGUUGUCAACACUGGAGAACAACGAGCCGAUGUCCUGACUAAAGCAUUGACGGGAGUAAAGUUAGCUGCUAUGCGUCAACUACUUGGUGUUCGUAACUUAGAACCAUGUCAGAAUUAG